AUGACUGCUCUGCUUGGCCCACCGCCGGCCGAGUUUCUCAAGAGGAGCCAGGAGGCGAACAAAUACUGGGAAGACGAUGGUCAGUGGAAGGGACUCGUACCCUUGCCCGAUAUAAGCUUUGCGCGUCUUGCGGGGACGCUUCAAGGAGAGGACAAGCAAGUGUUCAUCGACUUUGUGCAAGGCUUCCUAGCGUGGCUCCCCGAGGAGAGGCUGGACAUUCUGCAGGGUUGCAUGCAUUCGUGGCCACGAGGCGAAGCCCAGGCCCCCUCUGAUCAACAGUGA